AUGUUGGCAACUUUCGAAGAUCAAGGCCAGGCCAUGAUGUUAUCUUUUACAAUUCAAUCAUUUACAAUUGUUGAUUAACAUUUUGACCAAAACUUAUCAUUUACAUUCCUUACGCAAAAAUCUCCAUGCUUGUUCGCAAACUGAUAGGUUAUCCUACAACUACAUUAAUCAAGAAAUUUGAAAAAAAUUUACAUGCGAAAACAAUGAGUACAAAAAUUAAAGUUGCCUUAAUACAGUGUAACGUAGGCAAAAGCAGGGAAGAGAAUCUCAAAAACGCAUCAAUACUGAUUGGAAAAGCCAAGCAAAAUGGCGCGGAGCUUAUUGCUCUACCUGAGUGUUUCAACUCACCUUAUGGUACCAAUUUCUUCAAAGAAUAUGCUGAAUCUAUUCCUAGUGGACCAUCAUGUGAAAUGUUAUCGAAAAAUGCUAAAGAACAUAAUAUCUUUUUAGUUGGGGGAACUAUACCAGAAAAAGACGACGGUAAAGUCUACAAUACUUGCACUGUUUGGAAUCCUGAAGGUCAAUUAAUUGCAAAAUAUCGAAAAAUGCAUCUAUUCGAUAUCGAUAUACCUGGUGGAAUAACAUUCAAGGAAUCGGAUAUUCUAAGCUCUGGAAACAGCUUACAAACUUUUGAAAUUAAAGAUCUCAAAAUUGGUUUAGGAAUAUGUUACGACAUGAGAUUCGAAGAACUUGCUAAAUUAUAUAGAUUAGCUGGAUGUAAAGCCCUCAUGUAUCCAGGAGCCUUCAAUAUGACCACUGGUCCUCUGCAUUGGGAACUGAUUCAGAGAUCCAGAGCAAAUGAUAAUCAGCUUUAUGUUUUUGCUGUCAGCCCAGCAAGAGGAGACAAAGGUUAUAUAAGUUGGGGUCAUUCUCAAAUUACAGACCCUUGGGGCAAAAUUAUAGCAACUGCAGGUGCUAGCGAAGAAAUUAUAUACGCAGAUAUUGAGGCUGCUGAAUGUGAUAAAGUUAGACAACAAAUUCCUGUUGGUAAUCAAAGAAGAAUAGACAUUUAUAACACUGUUUCUAAAUGUAAAAUGUGAAAAAUAAUUUUAAAAUGCCAUUAUUAUUUAUGCCUUGAUAUUUUUGAAGUUUACCCUAUUUGUAGAAGAAGACCUCUAUCUGUUAGAAGAAAUAAAUCGAAAAUGAAUUCGAA